AUGCAACAGACCAGGUCAAGAUUAGUCUGCGCUAUCGACUACGGUACGACGGGUACUGCCGCUGCUUGGGGUCAUGAUAAUGACGGGCAAGGCAUAGAUUCGCCCAUCUAUCAAGUGGAAGAAUGGCCAAUCCAAUGCCGGGCCAAACUGCCAUCGACAAUGCAGUACCCAAUCGGUCUGCAACCUCAAUGGGGACUUGAGGCUACACCCGAGCUUGAAACUUUCCGGUGGACCAAACUCCUUCUAGACCCAGAUCUGGAGUCAACAGAUUUCCGGGACGAGGAAUUAGAGAGAGUAUCAGGGCUCCGACUCAUGCGACUCCCAACCGGAAAGUCGGCCGUGCGUGUCGUCGCCGACUACCUUAGCGGGAUCCGUAACCACCUGGAACAGUCGUCCAUUUUUCGCCAACCAAACAUCAGAAAGGAAUACUGGUUUUCCAUUCCGGCGGGCUGGUCCAACGAUGCACAAGUGCGGAUGAGUGAGGCCAUCCACUUGGCCGGGUUUGGCCGUAAACCAAAUGAAGAAGUUUGCCUUGUUACCGAGAGCGAGGCAUCUGCGAUAUCCAUUCUUGAGGCUUCUGACAAACAAAGAGAGUCCGGAAGCACGUUCUGCGUGUGCGAUGUGGGCGGCGGCACGGUUGACAUUGCCUGUUAUAUGAUUACCGAUGUAACUGCAACAUCGUAUUCGCUCACGGAACUGAGCAGUGCCAUAGGCCCCAAAUCUGGGAGUAGCAUCAUUGACAGAGAGUUCUUGAAACUCAUGAGGGAACGCUUCAACACUUCCUUCACAACGCCGUUCGAUGACGAUCCGGAUCGGAGAGAACGUCUCAAAAUAUUAAAGGAAGCGUUCAUUGGAGACGGAAGUAGCCAUCGUCUUAUGUUCCGGAUGAACUGCUUUACGUCGCAAUGGUAUGACUCCAUGAGGGGUCAUAUAAUCUUGUCCGACAGUGAUAUCCGAGCAUUCUUUGACCGCGUCAUCGGCCAAGUCGUCCAUUAUGUGAACGACCAGGUGGAUAAAGCCACCUGCGGGCACUUCAAAAUCGACGAACUGUUGAUGACUGGGGGGCUGAUGCGCUCUGAAUUUGCGCGAGAUAAGUUCUCGCAGGGGUUUAAGGAUGCAGGAUUUGUUAGUAUCCUGUAUUCUCUAGUACCCGAACUAUCUGCAUCUCUCGGUGCCGCGCGAAAGGGCCUGAGCGGCAUUGUCACCAAGAACCAGACAUGUAACAAAAGUUAUUUCAUUGAGUGCUCAGGGUUACGGGAGGAACCCGGCAUAUGUCUGCAAGAUUUCAUUAAUGAGCCCGAUAUGCCCGCUUAUCCACAUCAGAUCUUGGUCAAGGGCCGUGUCUACGAGGAAGGUAGACCCUACAAGGCUGUGUUUCAGCUUUAUAGUCGCCCCGGGGAGCCCCUUGUCAAACCGUUUUUUUCUGAAAAUUAG